AUGGCAAUAAAUCUCAACAAUACAACAGCUAUCGACUCAUUCAUUGCCGGAUUUAAUGGCACAACUCAAUUUAAUGGUGCUUCAUGGAAAACGUCAUAUCCACCUAUUAUUGGAUCAGGUCCGGUGGAAUCUCACGAUCUACCUUUUUUUGAAUAUGGUAACUUAGGUCAGUUGUACGAUAUACGAGUUAUUUAUUAAUACUUAUCGAUUUCUCUUUAUAAUUUUAUUUUUCUUUUGAAAUUAGACCGUAAGGCUUUAGCAA